AUGGCGCACGUCACGAAAUGGACGGCCGCUGAUGUUGCAGACUGGUUGGAGCAGUGCUUGCAGCUUCCAUGCGGAGAUGCGUUCCGCGAAGCGGACAUUGACGGAGUGAAGUUGCUUCGACUGGACGCAGACCAGCUGUCAAAGUUGGGGUCAGGUGCAGAUCACAUCACUAGGUUGCAGACCCACAUCUCUGCUUUUCGUGCCCAGCUGGGAAAGCAUGGUCCUGCUGUCUUCUCAGUGGAAAGCACACGCAGUCGCUUCAGUGCCCAAGAAACUACACAGGAUGCUGGCGACUCUUGGAAGCCUGUUGGGCAAAGAAGAACCCAAAGUGCGGGAGCAGAAUCAGGAAGCCGACAACACAGAUCCAGCACAGGGACACCAAGACUUGGGAAAGGCCACACUUCCAGACUUUGGGUGGAGACCAGAAAGCAGGAUUCCCCAUGCAGAGCCAAGGAGCUUAGAGAAUUCUUUCAACAGGCCAGGCAGCUGGAGGAAGAGGCCCUGGCAUCCUUGGCCAAACGACGCGGGCUGUGCUCAGCGGACUCAGUCGUCAAGAGAAGGGCGCAAUCAGCCUCGCAUCCAGGGGUUCAAGGACAAUCCCCAGGUUCCUGCCCAAAGCCUCGGAUUGAAGUCAACAGGCCUAGACCUGGCUCACGGACGCCAUCCUGUGGAAGAGCAAGCCCGGCAGGGAGCAAGACGCAGAAAGCAGUUGCAGCCGAAUGGAGGGAGAUGUUGGCUCGACCCUUUGACCGCAUGCCUCGCUUCGUGCCAUUGCGGCAAGAGAUUGGGUCAAGGUUGGGAAGCAGAGCUAGCCCAACUCAACCACCGCCUCAGGAGAAGACACCAAUCCCCCAGGCAUUCCAGACGGGGUUUCCUCAAAACUUCAAGAGUCUGAAGGAGGAUAAGAGCCUGCAGGAGCCCAAGCAAAAGAAUUUUGAAAGCCUUGAAGGGAGCAAAGCGAGACGAACAGACAAGCAAAGCGUGAGAGAGGAGCAUGUGUUCAGCGUGCUCGAGGAAAUGUCUCAAGGGCUUGACGGCUCAGAGAUGCAGGCUUCCCAAGAUGAAAUAGAGGAAGCCUGGCGUCGUCCUGUCUCGGAAUUUCCAACCAUGUCGGUGACAGAUUCGGCAGCCACCACCCACGCAGCUCAGGAAGAGGCACUUGGAACUGCGACAACGCAAACUCCGACAUCCUUUUCCGGCACCUGCAGCCCUAGCAAAGUGUCAAACUCCCUGCAGGAGCCCACAGAGAAGAAAGUCGAAGGUGGAGGAAAGUCGAGCGAGAGAAUCGUUGAGGAAGGCAUGGUGGUUGAUUUGUGA